UCGGAUCCGCUGCUCCGGGGCUUCGCUCGCUCUCCCGCUGCUCGGCUACAUUGUAUCAGUUCCCACACGAAGCAGCAGCAGCAUCGCUGGACGCGGAGGAACCGAGGAACUAACCCGGAGGAGACGCUGCUCUCUGCGGGAUUUAAUCGCCACAGGGUCGCCGCAGGAGGACCGGAGUCAGGUCGGGCGCCGAUAACGAUGUUCCCCGGACUCGGUCGUCCCCUUCGGAGCGGACGCUGCCUCUUGGUGUGAUGGCAGAAGUCCAGUGAGUCGCUGGCCUCUCCUCCUCCUCCUCUCGUGCUGGAUGUCUCGGGGAGUGCGCCGCUUUCCGCCGCUCCACAUUUCUCCAGAGGGUUUAUUGUGAAUCCGGGCGCUUGUUUCCACGGAGCCGCUCGCCGCCAUGGCCGGAGCGGGGGUUGGGAUAGGAGUCGUUAGCUAAGUCGGGAAUAUGUGUUUCAAUGGGACAGCAACGAGCAGAACGUGAGGAUUCUCUAACCCUUGCCCCCGAGUCCCAACCGUCUGAGAGGGUGUCGGACCUCACUGAGGAAAUCCUGGGCCGUUGGCACUAAAAUGUCCCUAAGUGGUGGCACUGCAGGCGGGAAAGGUGUGGACUCUAAUGCGGUGGACACUUACGACAGCGGGGAUGAGUGGGAUAUAGGUGUUGGAAAUCUGAUUAUUGACCUUGACGCUGACUUAGAGAAAGACAAACUUGAGAUGUCUGGUACCAAGGACGGAAUGACGGCACCGCCCAGUGCCGUGGCAGCGUUGCCUGACAACAUCAGGUUUGUUAGCCCAGUGUCUGGCUCUCAAGGCAAGGAAAGCAAAUCCAAAUAUAAGCGCAGUAAGAACUCUAAAGACAAUAGUAACAAAGCUUCUGCCGGAGACGGGGGUAAAAAAGAAACUGCAGGACGGACUCAGGGGGAGCCGGCAGGUACAGCAGCGAACGCAGGAGCUGCUGGCGGUAAUUCCACCUCUGGGAGGAACAUGGAAAAAGGGGGCAAAGCCUCCCGAGGUGUUCUAGGUGGUAAAAAAGAGAAAGAAGGGGCUGGUGGGAAAAGUAAGAAGGACAAAACAGAUGGAGCACCAGUCGUAGCAAUAGCUGCUGCAGAGAAGGAUGUUGUGUCUCAAGCCCAAGUUGCUUUGGGGAAUAGUCGUAAUACGUCCUUUGAGAACACACAAUCAACAGACUUGGCUGAAGCCAAUCAAAUGGGGAAUAUUGCACUUGAACAAGUUGGGAUAGUACCAGCAUUGACCGCGAAAACUGAACCGGAGGAGGUGGAAAAUGGUAAUGGUGAAUGCAAGACGUUAAAGAAGGUGAAAAAUGAAAAGAUGGAAUCUCCUGUCUCCACGCCAGCCCCUCCCCCCCUCCACCUCCUGGCCGCAGUAGGCAACAGUGAGAUUGCCUCGCCGUGUGAGCAGAUAAUGGUGCGAACACGCUCAGUGGCAGUGAACACAUCCGAUGUGGCCCUGGCUACCGAACCUGAGUGCCUGGGGCCCUGCGAGCCCGGUACCAGUGUCAAUCUUGAAGGCAUUGUGUGGCAGGAAACUGAGGACGGCAUGCUGGUGGUCAAUGUUACUUGGAGAAACAAGACGUAUGUGGGAACCCUGUUGGACUGCACUCGCCAUGACUGGGCUCCCCCCAGGUUUUGUGAAUCCCCGACAAGUGAUCUGGAGAUGAGGAAUGGCCGCGGUCGAGGCAAGCGCAUGAGACCGAAUAGCAACACCCCUAUCAACGAGAACAGCAAUUCAUCAGACAACAAGGGCACCACCAACAACAAGACGCGUGCUGCCGCGAACAGCAAGGGCCGAAGGGGCAGCCAGACACCGUCGGAGCGCCGCACGCCACCUAACAGUAACACAGAGGACAUCAAGGCGAGUCCCUCCUCAGCUGGAAAACGCAAGACCAAACCGGCCUCGGACAUGGAGCCGAAUUCCAGCUCAGAGGACACCAAAGGUAACAAACGGAUGCGGACAAACUCCAACAGCGGAGGGGUGGGACCAACAGGUCUGCCCAUCACUUCCAUUAAGACUGAGCCACUUCCACCUCCCCUCGAUCGCAGCUGCCCUUCUCCAGUUCUUAUUGAUUGUCCACAUCCUAACUGCAACAAGAAGUACAAGCACAUCAAUGGUCUCAAGUACCACCAAGCCCGUGCCCAUAACGAUGAUGACAUAAAGUUGGAGAUAGAUGCAGACAGUGAAUAUGGAGAGGAUUCAACUCUCCACCCUGAACCAGGGAACUGUAAUGGAGCAUCUAUCUCUCAGAAAGGAUCCUUGUCUCCAGCACGUUCAGUUACUCCAAAGGGCAGGAACUUUGAAGCUCAGAGUCCUUCCCCAUCUCCUGGCAAGUUUGGUUCAAAGCAGAGUAAAAAGAAAAUUGCAGAGACAGAUCCAGACACAGGAGGUACACCGAUGGACGGGUGCGAGGAUGGGCCAUGCCUCACUGAUGAGGCAAGUAAUGAUGGUAUAGAUGAUAAGAGAGGACCCGAGAAGUCCAAAAAGGGUAGCGCCAGCCUCAAAGCUGAUAAAAUGGCCCAGAAAAAUAUGAAAUCACCACGGCCCAUUGGCCCUGCGACUGCAGCAUCCCAGCAGAUGUACGCUUUUCCGCCUGGAAACCCAAAUUCUUCCCCAGGGCUUACCCCAAUGAUACAAGGUGUUCCCAAGAGUCCCCAAAUGAAAGGGACUCAGCCUAAACCCCCUGCCAUUGUAGAUCCUGCCUCCAGUAGCUCCAAAGACAAGAAGAAGAAAGACAAGAAGAAAAAGGAUGCUGGGAAGGAAGCUGACAGCCCCAAGCCUCCGGGAAAGGGUGGAAAACUAGAAGAAGGUAAGCUUCCAUAUGCUGAGCCUUGUGAUCAAGGAAUUAAGGGGGAAGGACUCCUCAAUGGUUCCUCAGAUCCUCAUCAGAGUCGCUUGGCCAGUAUGAAGGCUGAGGCUGACAAGAUUUACAGCUUUUCAGACAAUGCCCCUAGCCCAUCUAUUGGUGUAGCCAGUCGGAUAGAUGGUAGUGGGAUGCCGCAGCCUCUCACGCCACUUCAUGGGGCAAACCAAAAUGGUGCUGACAAUUCUUCAGUCAAAACUAAUAGCCCGGCAUAUUCUGACAUUUCAGAUGCUGGGGAAGACGGCGAAGGGAAACUAGAAGGCGGUGUCAGAGUGAGGACGGAGGAACAAGCCAUCAGGGAUAGUGUGAAAAAAGCACUUUUCUCCAAUCCACCACCCAACAAGGAAUCCCCAUACUAUGCCGGCUAUGAUGCAUAUUACUCACCCAAUUAUGUCAACCCCAGUGUCAGUGGGUCCAAUCCAGGCACACCAGUGGCUGAAGGUCAGGUUAAGAUCAAAAGAGAAGAAGACCUGGACCACAUUGAGGAAAAAGUCAAGGUUGAGGUUCAUGAAGAUCGCAAACCUGACAGCGUUGUUCCUGGCCAGCAGCAACAGCAGCAACAGCAGCAACAACAACAACAACAACAGCAGCAGCAGCAACAACAACAACAACAACAACAGCAGCAGCAGCAACAACAGCAGCAGCAGCAACAACAACAGCAGCAGCAACAGCAACAACAACAACAACACCAACAGCAGCAGCAACAGCAACCGUCAGUCAUUCAACAGCGAUCCAACAUGUACAUGCAACCUCUUUACUACAACCAGUAUGCUUAUGUCCCCCCAUACGCAUACCAUCCCGAUCAGGCCUACCAUAACCACUUGAUGAACACCAACCCAGCCUACCGGCAACAGUACGAGGAGCGGCAGAGACAGAUGGCUGAACAGCAUCGUGCUGCUGACAAGAAGUCAGAUGUAGCCAUAAAAGAGCGGGAAGCCUCCAUGAAGGAGGAGUGGAAACAAAAGAGCCCCAUGCCCCCAAGCCUCUCCAAAGCCCCAAGUCAGUCAGACCUUGGAAAGACGCCGCAACCCCCGGGAAAAUUAAGGGAUUCGCCCUCUGAGCUCUCCUCCAAAUCCAUUGGAAGCAUAAAGGGGGAGGACGGAAAGUCCCAGCAAGCUGAGGGGCUGAAGAUGAAGCUGACUGAAGGGGGUCACCAUGGAAAGGAAGACUCCAAGCAAACACUUGAGUCCAGAGGUCAGGCAGGGAUGGAGCAGGGCGUAUGGUACAGACAGCAAUUCCCAGAGGGCCAAAAGCCACAAGCAGAAGACGAACACCAGCAACCUCGAUGGAAAGACGAAAGGGACCGAGAACGGGAACGGGAUCGUAAAUUAAAGGAUGACAGGCCUCGGCCAAAGGACAGUCAAAGUGUGCCCAAGGAGGACAGCAAAGAAAGUAGCGAUCCCAGAAUCUCUUCUGAGGACCACCGGGCUUUGAGCAAAGACUCUCGUUCUAAUCCCCACAUGCAGUUUUCAUCACCACUAGCGCAACACCAAGGAUACAUGCCCUACAUGCAUGGUUAUCCCUAUGGACAAGGCUAUGACCCCAACCACCCAGGAUACAGGGGCAUGCCCUCAGUUAUGAUGCAGAAUUACCCAGGUUCGUAUCUACCUGGAGGUUAUCCCUUUUCUCCAUAUGGAGGUAAAAUGAGCGGAGGCGAGGAGGGCGGCGACAAAUCUCGCGCUAGCCCUACCGUCACCAAAACGGCAACAGACUCCAAAGCCCUGGAUAUCCUGCAUCAGCACGCCAGCCAAUACAAGAGCAAAUCCCCCACAGUAGGCGACAAGCCGCCCCACGACAGGGAGCGGGAGCAGGACAGAGGAGCGGCCGGAGACCGAGAUCGGGAAAGGGAGCGGGAGAGGGAGCGGGAAAGAGACGUGGACCGGCCGCGCUCCUCGCCCUCCCAGCGCAUCAUGCCCUCUCACCACCACCUGGGAUACCCUCUGCUCUCAGGGCAAUAUGACCUGUCCUAUGCCGCAGGGAAACCCGACCGUCACACCUCAACCCUGCAAAGAUUCAUGUGACUGGCUCACAUGAGAAGAAGAUCUCCUGGGUGUUACCUUUUAGACAUCAGUUGAAUGGUGUUUCUAUCUAUAUUUUUAUUUCUUCUGCUGAAAAAGGACAGGCAGAUGAUUUUUUUUUUUUUCUCUCUCUCUCUCUCUCUUCCCCCCUCGUAAAUGACCCUUGAAUUCUCUCUAAACCUUGGACUGUAACAGGACUGAUAUUAACCCAGGUUCAAAGCCAUGGCUCUGCCCCAUCACGCAGAGGAAACACCAACCCGCUGAUUAUCUAGUCUUUGCACUGUCAACACAUACAAUGCAAGAAGAGACUAUUGGACUGCCAGAACAGCUUUUUAUUGUUGUUGUUUUGUUUUUUCUUUCCUUUUUGACUGCAUUGUUCUUUUGUCGCACGCAGAAAGAAAGUGGCAGUGAUUCUGGGGAGUUGGGUGGCUGAUGGGAAAGAGGAGUCAAACUAAAUUAAAGACUGAAUCAUACUAAAAAUGAUUUCAACUCAUUGUCUCUCUCAUGAACGCCGUGAAACAACAGUAUAUAUCCGUAACUUGACAAAUGUUUGGCUAUAUUUUGUGGGGAGGUGGAAUAUGGCAACCGCUGCUUCCUUCAGAGACUUUAGAGCCUGAGACUGAAGUUUUUUCAUUUUCCACCGUCAUUGUUGAUUCCCCAUCCUUCUUUGAACCCUACGUUCUUGUUUCAGGGAUGAUGUCGUCAUGUUUUGCGAAGGGACCGCACACACCUCAAUGGAGAAUAAACACUACUCAUGUUUUACUUUUUCUCUCAGUACUAUUUCAGUUUCCAUAUCAUUGUGUUCAUCUGUUGAAUGUGUCUGAUGCUGGGGUUCGUCCUGAUUUUUCCUCCCGAUCGUUCGGUCACGUGCGUCGUUCAAACUCACUCGAACGGUGAAGCCACAUUAGCAAGCGACGAGUUCACAGGGCAUUGUCUUCACUACUUCGGGCCACAAGCUUCAUUCAGCUCAUCGGGUUUGAUUCUUUUUUUCUGUAAACAAUGUGAAAUUCCACACAACGCAUGUAUUCCUCUGCUGUAAAAUAGACUUUUCUCCUGCUCCUAUGUGCUUAUGUGUUUCUACGUAUCCCAGCAUGCAACUGUUUAAAAAACUCACUGUGAAAGAAAAACGUUUUCACAGCGUUUAGCAUUUUGUGCUCAGAUCACAGAUGUCCUCAGUAGCUUUUGUUAUGUCCCUGCAGAUUAUUAUUCUUUUUUUUUAAUCUAGUCAAACUAGUAACUUUUUUCAGAACAUCACAAACUCAGUGCAUUUUUUUUUUCCCAUUUAUGUGAAAGUGCAGGGAGCGAAUUCCACCGUUUUCCAGACCCUGACACUGUCCACAUCUCCGAUUCAAUAAUACUUCCAACUGACAACUCGGUCAGAUUUAGAGAAAACAAAAAGGUGAUUCAGCCGCUGUCGGAGGACGAACCUUUCUCUUGGUGCUUCGCUUGCUUUUGUGACUUCACCACGACACGCAUUCAACCCAGACAGUCGUUAGCGUGGUAUUUCUCGCCAGCAGCUAGUGUUUGGUUCAGCCCUGAGAAACUGGGUCAGUGAGUCUGAUCAGCCAGACACCGGUUGUCUUUGUUUGGUCGCUGCCUGCGCUGAACGCUCGAUUACUGGCACGUUAAACAAAAAGUGCAUGAAAUUACCCCUGAAACCCUCUUUCUGCUGCUACGACCACAGAGCCAACACGAACCGAUCCGACACAGACAAUGAACUUCAUUAAAAAGGAAGAGCCGGGGAAAAGCUGGGAGCGAACUCGAUCUCACACACACACACUCAUGACUGAAGUCAGAAGGCUCAAAGUUUCAUCUGAACAGAAGCUGGUUGCUCGAGGCCUUUUUGCGUUGGAUCUCAAACUGGUGGUGCCACUCUGUAAAAUUAAACCCGGUCUGGUUUAGUUGACAUCUACACAAAGAGCGACUGUCAGCACGGCCCUGUCCCACCAGAGGUCCUGUCGGCUUUAGAUUACACGUCUCUCGUACCUCAGGGGUUGUAAGUGAAAUUCUAUCCAAUGUGCUUUUUGCAUUGAUUUUUGAGAGAGCUCCUGUUUGCGGGUGUGAGAUCGGCACAUUUUUCUGCGUUGAGCCGGUUCAGGACAGAGAAUGAUUGAAGGUUUAAUGCCAAAACUGAGCGGUUGUGGGUUGUGAACGUUCCUCUAAAAGCAUUACAAUGAGAGUUUGACCGCACUGUCAUUAAAUUUAACUUUAUUGAUUGUAUUGGUUUUACAAUCACGUUAAAUCUCCCCUCCCACCAUGUUGUAGUUCAUUUUUAUCCAUUUACCACAGUGAUGGAGUCUUCACGCCACCAGUUGAUCUCAUGUCAAACCACCUCGGGACCUUUCUCACCGUCACGAAACGGCAGCGCUUCGUUUUUGAGGUUCUUGGACAUUCCAAGUAAAUCAGACGCCGGUUUCUCGUCCCUGCGGAUUCUUCACAGAGGGUUUUUACCUUUUUUUUUGCGCAUUUUUAAGAAGAAUGGCUGACGCGAAACAAGCUGAAUGUGGUGGUGUUUGACUUGUACUUAAUCUGUGAGGGUAAUCUAGGCAGCUGUGAUGUUGUCUUUAAAGUCGAUGGGUUUUAGUACCAGCUGACUGCAUACAUAUAGAUUUAUCAGACAAUGGUUGUGACAAGUGCAUUUGUUCUCUCGCUGAGAGUAGUCAUGUUAUCUCGGUAGUAAGCGAAGCCCAGUGAAAAAUCAUAUAUUACUAAAAAAAGUGUAUGAAAAGCCAGAAAAGUAAUGUUUGCUAUCAACAUAUUGGAAAGUGCUUGGCUCUUGUAUUUUGCAGGACUGUAUUUGUUUCAUGGUGAAGAGUAUAUUUAUUGGCCAGCAGUUGUCUCAAUUGGUGCCUAGUUGAACAUUCUUCUGUGAAAACACAGAGACACUUGCUUGUUUGUCCUUUUCUGACCCACCUGCUGUCACACAAACCUCCCCCGCCCUCUUCCUCACCCUCCUCCUCCCUACAGUACCUCGACUGGUACUCGCAAGGAUGUUUACAAUGUCUUCAUUUUCUUUCUGUGUGAGAAAUUCAGAACUCUCCCCCUCUUUCUCCUCCUUUCUCCCUCCCGUCAGGAGUUUGUGUAAAGUGUACAUUACCAUGGUUCUUUUUUAUACAAUACUCUGUAACUUGCCUUUGUAAAUUUGGGCUGGAAAAAAUAAAUCUUUUUAUGAGACUGA